AGAUUGGCGUAUCACAAUUGGAUGUUAUUAUUUAUCCCUUUCUACUUUCGUCUUCAUUUUAAGUCGCUCAUUCCCAAUCAUCGAAUCAUGCACCUGUUGAUCGGCCUGGCCUGGCAUUUGCUUGUUCGGACCUGACAUUGCCCAAGUUAAUCCCCACGCUCCCUUCGACACCCGAAUAUCCCCUUGAAGUGUGCCGGCACACUCCUUCCUGCUACAGCCUAACAUACAUACCCCCAUAUACAUACAUAAUCUAAAGAUCGACCCAGAAAGAGGACGAAGAAAAGAAACAAAUGCCAACCUACCACUCCCCCUCCUCCUCCCCCUCCCCCUCCCCUUCCUCCUCCCCCCCGCGCCCCUCGCGCCGCGCCUCCCGCCCGGACGCCCUCGACCCGGCCCUCGACCCGGACCCGGAGAGGCCCGAGUCCCUCCUCAAGUCCUCCCUCGUCUUCCUCGGCUCCAUCGCCGCCGCCGCCCUCUGCGCGCACCGCUACUGGCCCAAGGGCUUCACCUACGGCGACAAGGAGGACUGGGAGUUGGAGAAGGAGAUCCGCCACGAGCGCCGGCAUCGCGGCGAGCGGAGGGAGGGGUACCGGCGGCGGGGCGGCGGCGGCGGCGGUGAUUAUCACUCCCGUGAGAAAGAAGAGGUGAUGGCUGGGGUGGAGGAGGUGUACGAAGUCAGGGGCGAUAAGCAUCGGCGACGGCGGAGGGACGGGUCACGGGACGGGGAGAGGAGCAGGGACGGGAGCAGGAGGAGGAGCUACGAUGUGAGGGAGUCGCACCGGCAUAGCGAGCGCAGAUCCGCGAGCCGGGACGGUUCCCGCUCCGGCUCCGGCUCCGGCUCCGGCUCCCAUCGGUCUGCCAUGGGGCCCACUGAUCGCCAGACGCGGAGGCAGACGACGAGCUAUUACCCGCCCGCGCCGCAUCGGUACGCCAUCGACCGGAGCGGGUCGACGGCCGGGUCGCGGCGCUCCAGCGUGGAUGGGAGGGGUUCUCGCCCGUUGCGGGAGAAAUACCAUUAUUAUCAGGACGAGCAGGAUGAGGGCGUCACUGAACAACAGCCGGAGCCGGAACUGGUCUAUGCUCGGCGCGAGUAUGGGCCGCCGAGGUCGAGGCGAUCCUCGGUUGAUGGUGGGUUGGCUCGGGGGCGCAGGGGACGGGAAUACAGCGAUGAUUUGUAGCUUGUUCGAUCUUGUUAUUUUCGAAAUAGCAAAUGAAAUGCAACGCUGUGCUACAAAGCUAACUAACAAAAAGCCGGCUGGCGGGCAAG